GGCGGGGCGGGGCGUCGCGUCGCUGACGCCGGAUGAGGAGAAUCCGAGGGGGAAGUUUGGUGGCUGUUGCCCCGGGCUGUGAGAGGAAGCAGAGGGAUCUGCCCCCCCUUUAGGUCGUUGGUAUGGGCAACCGAGGAAUGGAGGAGCUGAUCCCGUUGGUGAACAAGCUACAGGAUGCAUUCAGCUCUAUCGGACAGAGUUGCCACCUCGACCUGCCGCAAAUCGCCGUGGUGGGCGGUCAGAGCGCAGGCAAGAGCUCUGUCCUCGAGAACUUCGUUGGCCGAGAUUUCCUGCCCCGUGGAUCUGGAAUUGUUACCAGGCGUCCCCUCAUUCUUCAGCUUAUCUUCUCUAAAACAGAAUAUGCUGAGUUUUUGCACUGCAAGUCUAAGAAGUUUACAGAUUUUGAUGAAGUCCGGCAGGAGAUUGAAGCAGAGACGGACAGGGUCACAGGAACAAACAAAGGCAUCUCUCCUGUCCCCAUCAAUCUGAGAGUGUACUCGCCACAUGUGUUGAAUCUGACAUUGAUUGACCUUCCAGGUAUUACUAAGGUGCCAGUGGGUGACCAACCCCAGGACAUUGAGUACCAGAUAAAAGAUAUGAUUUUGCAGUUCAUCAGCAGAGAGAGCAGCUUGAUUCUUGCUGUGACUCCAGCCAACAUGGAUUUGGCCAACUCAGAUGCUCUCAAAAUGGCCAAAGAAGUUGACCCACAAGGCUUACGGACUAUUGGGGUAAUAACCAAGCUAGACCUGAUGGAUGAGGGCACUGAUGCUAGAGAUGUUCUGGAGAACAAACUCUUGCCUCUUCGAAGAGGCUACAUGGGAGUUGUGAAUCGGAGCCAAAAGGAUAUUGAUGGUAAGAAGGACAUCAGAGCAGCACUGGCAGCUGAGCGCAAGUUCUUCCUUUCCCAUCCUGCUUACAGACACAUGGCAGACCGCAUGGGAACCCCUCACUUGCAGAAGAUCCUCAACCAGCAAUUGACAAACCAUAUCCGGGAGACUCUGCCAUCACUGCGCAGCAAACUCCAGAGCCAGCUUCUGUCCCUUGAAAAAGAAGUGGAGGAAUACAAGAACUUCUGCCCUGAUGACCCUACGCGGAAAACCAAAGCCUUGCUUCAGAUGGUCCAACAGUUUGCAGUGGACUUUGAGAAGCGAAUUGAAGGCUCUGGAGACCAGGUAGACACACUAGAACUAUCAGGCGGAGCCCGAAUAAACCGCAUCUUCCACGAAAGAUUCCCUUUUGAACUUGUCAAGAUGGAGUUUGAUGAGAAGGAUUUGAGACGAGAAAUCAGCUAUGCAAUCAAAAACAUACAUGGUGUAAGGACGGGGCUCUUCACGCCUGACAUGGCUUUUGAAGCUAUAGUGAAAAAACAGAUUAUAAAGCUCAAAGAGCCCAGUUUGAAGUGUGUUGAUCUGGUGGUCUCAGAACUGGCCAUGGUCAUUAAAAAGUGUGCAGAGAAGCUUGGUUCCUACCCUAGACUUCGAGAAGAAACAGAGAGAAUUGUUACUACAUACAUCAGAGAACGAGAAGGGAAAACCAAGGACCAGAUUCUCCUGUUGAUUGACAUAGAGCUGUCCUACAUCAACACUAACCAUGAAGACUUCAUUGGAUUUGCCAACUGUUACACUGAGCAGCACAUGGCGGCUGGCGCACAGCAAAGGAGCACCCAAGCAAAUAAGAAAAGAGCAAUCCCAAAUCAGGGUGAGAUACUGGUCAUCCGACGAGGCUGGCUGACCAUCAACAACAUUAGCAUCAUGAAAGGUGGCUCUAAGGAGUAUUGGUUCGUCUUGACAGCAGAGAGCUUGUCUUGGUACAAGGAUGAAGAGGAGAAGGAGAAGAAAUACAUGCUCCCUCUGGACAACCUAAAAAUUAGAGAUGUGGAGAAAGGCUUCAUGUCCAACAAGCACGUAUUUGCUAUCUUUAACACUGAGCAAAGGAAUGUAUAUAAAGACCUGCGCCAGAUUGAGCUUGCGUGCGACUCUCAGGAAGAUGUGGACAGCUGGAAAGCCUCCUUCCUCCGUGCUGGUGUUUACCCUGAAAAAGACCAAGUGGAGAAUGAAGAUGGAGCCCAGGAAAACACCUUUUCCAUGGAUCCUCAGCUAGAGCGCCAAGUGGAAACCAUCCGCAAUCUUGUUGACUCGUAUGUUGGGAUCAUCAACAAGUCUAUCCGGGAUCUUAUGCCAAAGACAAUAAUGCAUCUAAUGAUAAAUAAUACCAAGGAUUUCAUCCACUCGGAGCUGCUGGCGUACCUGUACUCCUCUGCAGACCAAAACAGCUUGAUGGAGGAGUCUGCAGACCAGGCACAGCGCAGGGAUGACAUGUUGCGAAUGUACCAUGCCCUGAAGGAGGCCUUGAACAUAAUUGGAGAUAUCAGUACCAGCACAAUUUCAACACCAGUUCCUCCUCCUGUGGAUGACACAUGGCUGCAGGCAGGGACUAGUGGGCACAGCCCAACACCACAGCGCAGGCCUCCUUCUACUGUGUUGCCACCAGGGAGACCCCCAGCGGUGAGGGGCCCUAUGCCAGGCCCCCCUUUGAUCCCAGUACCUGCAGCAGGCUCUUCCUCUUUCGUGGCACCUCCCAUUCCUUCACGCCCUGGACCGCAAAGUGCAUUUAUUACUAAUAAUGACCCUUUUUUAGCUCCACCUCAGAUUCCUUCACGGCCAGCACGUGUUCCACCCAGUAUCCCUCCAGGCGUGCCCAGCAGAAGACCGCCGGCAGCACCAAACCGGCCCACCAUUAUCAGACCUGCGGAGCCCUCCUUAUUAGACUAACCACUACCAGUACGAGGGAGAGCUGUUGCUUGUUAACUAUCUCGUGGAGAGAAAUGCCUUAUCUCUUUUGUAAAAGAGCUCUUUGCAAUUAUGAUCAACUGUAGCCAAGGCCCAUUUCCCUCUCCCCCAUAUUCCCCCCAUAGCACAACCACAGUGGCCGUCACCAUGGGAUGGGUGCUGUUGGGUGAUUGCCUGUAAAUAGCUCUGAGAGGCCAAGCAUUCCUUGUUGUAGUUCCCUCUCUGUCCUUGGGUCUUGGCUAAGGAAUCUUCUCCUCUGGGAAAUGGGGGGAGGGGGUAGUUUCUUCACCUUCUCCCAGUGGCCAUACCAGACCCAUUCCACAUGGGAACAUGGAGUAUUCUGUUUUGUGGAGGGUUUUUUUGCACUUUGCCGAAAAUACAGAAAGGAGGGUUUGUUUGUGAAUGUGUGAAAAUAGGGAGUUUGCAUUUCCACCAACACUUGUGAAUUAAGCACAUAGAAUCUCCUUUUGCCAUUCAUGUUGAUUAGAUUUGUCCACCUCUUUCCCCACACUGCCCCCAGCCUAUGGAUUUAUUUGUAUUAUAAUAUAUAUAAAUUCUCCCCCUUUGAUUACCUUUUCUUUCUCUCUAUAAAUGUCAAUGCAAAAUUUGAUUAGUUAAUUUCAAUGUUAUAAUUUUGAAGAAAAAAUGAAAUAAUGGGACUGCAGAUAGCAAAUUGCUUAUACAUUCAAUUAAUUGAACUGGAGCAAGACUUUGCCAAGCAGAAUAAUUGGGAAGAGGAAGUCGCUGGGUUGCUUGUAAGCCUCAAGUAUAAUGCUGACUUGCAUACCAUACCACCCUCUACACAACCAGUGCUUAUGCUUAAACGGAAACAGCUCGCCUUGCCAGCUGUGGCCUGGAAAGGCGUGAUUGGUGGUCCCUCCUAAUUUACACCAGGAAGACAUCCAGGUGGCAGGAUGUCUUAGCCCUUACAAGCUAUAAACUGGCUGUUCCCUGAUGGAUUGGGUCUGCUGGAAAGCCUUUCCAUCCUUAAUCAAAAGAGUGACUUUGUGCCAUGACAGAAACAUCCUCUCCUUGAGAUCACCUGUACUGCAGCUUACCUCUGUCUUUAGGCUGAGAUAGGUUCUUCAUGCAAACGAUGUCCAUAAUAGGCCUCAUGGCACUAGUGCUGCAAGGUCCCACUAUCCCACAGAAGCUCCCAUUAGAGUCUGUGGUCCAUCAGAGUUUGUGUGUGUGCGUGUGUGUGUUUUGGUUGGGCGCUCCAUAUCUAGAGCCUGAGAGUUUGUGGAAUAACACUGGAACCUUCUCAACAGCAUUAGUAAAGCACUCUGCCCUCCCUGGGCUGUGGUUGUAUAUAUUUCUUCCUAAAGACAGACUGUAUUAAUACUUGUAUAAAUUCUAGAUUUUUAAAAAAGAAUCAUCAAUUAAACCCAGCCCUCAUUAUACAAACCUAUCAGGGAUACCUCAGCCCUUCCUGAGAUGAGACAAAAGGAAUAGGAACACACACACCACCCGCCUUCAAUGUUUCCUUCCAGUGGCCUCCUCCCUUUCUGCCUUCCUGGGGCAGUAGUUCCUUGCUUUGUGUCCUGGAGGGUAUGACACUUCCAUAGACAGUGCUAACUCUGUGCCUUUACUGCUGGAAUGAUAUGCUGACUGCCUUAAUAACCAGUGUUGCCUUCCUAUAAAUGCCCCUCUGCUUCCAAAGACACCAUUGUGGGCUUUGGCCCUCUUUUGCAGAGCAUGUCGUAACUUCCUGCCACUUACUGCCCACUGUUCACUUACCAAACAGCUGGCAUUUGCCUUGGUAGCAUGGACCUCUACUUUAAUUCACUUUGCUCUUAUUGCUUCCUGUUGACUCUUCGUGUUACCGUGAGUGAAGGGGCUGUGGGACCGUCUCUUCCUCAUCUCCCAACAGUUUUGAGAUAAGUGCCUCCAUUAUGUAUCCUAUUAAUAAACUAAAAAAUAAAGGGAAAUUCUGCUGGUGGAAAGUCUCUGGCAGCCUGUGGGGUUGAGGUUGGGGUGUGUGUGUGUGUUUUGACUUCUGUUGGUUCUCAAAAUGUCUACACUUGGGGGACAUUGAGUUAAUACUGAGCAGAAGAAAUUAAAGCUCAGUUUGAGUUUCUUGAGCAGCAUCUUUUUCCCGAAUGACUGAUUGCUCAACCCUGCCCAGUUUGAUUUUGAAUGGGAGAUAGUUGUACAAUAUACCAUAAUAAAACAAGCUAAAAGUAAUCUGAGUUACCACGUUAAUAAGGCUUGAGGAGAUUUAGCUAUGGCUAACGUAUUCAUCCUAUCGUUUUAUGGCUGUUCAUAGACAUUGAUUCCCGUACUGUUUGCUGCUGCUUCAGUACCACCACCACCCAUUUUCAAGUGAUCACAGCCAUUCAUGCUUGAUGUGAUAACAUCACAGUGCUUCAUACUGAGACAGGUUUAGCUGGUGUGCUGGUAUCACUAAAGGCAAAUGAAGGGUAUUUACAGUGCUUCCUAUUACUGGUCACAUAGCGUGAACUGAGACAGUGAGGGAUCACUCUUACCAAUUGAACAUUUUCACAGCAUUCACUGAAAAGGAUGAAAACUGUUGUUUUGAAAUAGCUUCCCUCCCUUUAGAAUGAAAAUUAAUUAUCAUGGAACAACCAAUUACAAAUGAACAAGCUUUUACAGAUAGCUGUUGUAGGACACAUUGGAAUAUUUUUUUUGCAGCUGCUACCUGCUAUUUUAGAAGUUGCUUCAUGGUCCGUCCAUAUAGUAAAUGUACCUUGUGGAGAGGGGUAAUCAAGAGUUCAGAGAGGCUGUUACAUACUCAGCAAUCACACCUCCUUGGGAAGUCUCAGUACAAAUACUGUACCAUGCUUAGAAGAUCUUGCCUGCAAGCAGUGAAGAAUAGAUUGCUACCGAAAAACUUGCAAGAGACACAUGCUGUCAGUCAUGUGACAACUUCUGAGGAAAUAAAGCACCUAAAAUAGCAUAUAUAUAUAUAUAUAUAAUUUGACCAAACUGUUGAUAAUUUGAUCAAACUUUGUAGUUGUACUUUCAUUAUAUGGAGAUUACAUGAUACAUAU